AUGGCCGUCGUUAAAAAGCUGUUGGCCGCCCUCGCGGCAACCACGUUGCUGACUGGAGGUGCUUCUCAGACCUACGAGUUCUCCGAGGAGGAGCUUAUUUCCGGCGAAGCUCUCAAGGCUCUCAGCAAAGAAGCCUACGAGAAUGCCCUUGCUCGUCUUCCCGAAUCCGGAGAGGGAUGCACCAGGGAGAACGUCCGAGUCCGAAAGGAAUGGCGCAACCUUCCCGCCGAGAUGAGGAUCAAAUAUGUCGCCGCCGUCCAGUGUCUCAUGGAGUCGGAGAGCGAGUAUGUUGACGUCGAUGGAGCCAAGACGGCCUUUGACGACUUCGCCGUUCUCCACUACAACCUCACGCCGUUUGUGCACAACUCGGCUACUUUCCUCACCUUCCACAGGUAUUACAUUCAUACCUUUGAGGAGCAGCUAAGGAACAAGUGUGGAUACGACGGUGAUUUCCCUUACUGGGAGUGGGGUCUUGACUGCGACGACCCAGCAAAGUCCCCCCUCUUCGAUGGCUCCGAAACCUCUCUCGGCAGCGAUGGCGAACCCGUCGAAGCUGGUGCCGGCGGUGGCGGUGGAUUCGGAGGCGGUUUCGGCUUCGGUAUGGGCGGCGGUAGCGGUGGCGGCUGCGUAAUGAAGGGUCCCUUCUCCAACUACACCGUAAACCUCGGGCCUUCCUCCCGCGCCAACCCCCUCGAAUAUAACCCGCGCUGCAUCAAGCGAGACCUGAACGGUGGCAUCUGCAGACAGAACGCCUCGCUUCGGAACACAACGACGGUCAUCACCGAUUCUCCCGACAUCGAGCUCUUCCAGGCCAUUAUGCAGGGUGAUAUGCGCUACCCCGAAGCAAGGGGCCUCGGCAUGGCUGUCCACGGCGGCGGCCACUUUACCAUCGGAGGCGAUCCCGGUGGUGAUUUUUACUUCUCGCCGCUUGAGCCGGCGUUCUUCCAGCACCAUGGCCAGAUCGACCGUAUGUACUUUGUCUGGCAGAACCUUGACUUCGAGAACCGUCAGAAUAUCGCCGGUACGGGGACUAUGAUGAACCAGCCUCCCAGCGACGAGGUUGAGAUUACGGAGCUACUCGACUUGUCUCCUCUUGCUCAGCCAAGGCCAAUUAAGGACCUCAUUGAUACAAUUGGCCAGUCGCCGUUCUGCUUCGUCUAUGAGUAA